AUGUCUGAAAUUCCACAAGGUAACGCUGCUAAGGGUGAAAAGAUCUUCAAAGCUCGAUGUGCUCAAUGCCACACCAUCAACAAGGGAGGUGCUCACAAAGUUGGUCCAAAUCUCUACGGAAUGUGGGGAAGAAAGAGUGGCCUAGCUGAAGGUUAUGCUUAUUCUGCUGCUAACAAGGAGAAGGGUGUGGUAUGGAAUGAACAAUCUCUUUUCGAUUAUUUGCUAGAUCCUAAGAAGUAUAUUCCAGGUACAAAGAUGGUCUUUGCAGGUCUCAAGAAGCCUGGUGAAAGAGCUGACUUGAUUGAAUACAUGAAGCAAGCUUCUCAAGAAUAA